AUGACAUUCGAUCAUCGUCAAGUAUUAUCACUUUUAGAUGAUUUAAUGAAACCAAUAUCAACAGUGAAAAUUUCUGCUCAAGACGAAGAACAACAACAAAUUUUAACUAUUAAUCUAAUCUUUUCCAAUGCUUGUGAACGUUUUCUAGAAACUAGUACUUCACUUGAUUUAAACAUAUCACUAAACAAUGAUCAACCAGCAUAUUAUCGUUAUUUACAAAUUCAUUUAACUCUUCUUGAAAAACUUCUUUCAUAUGAACAAACACAUCUUUCAUCACAUAUACCAUUAUUUAGUAUUCAAGAUGAAUCGAUACUUUCUCGUUCAUUAUCAUUUGUUAUUUUUCUUGGUUUAGUUCUUUAUUUUGAUGAAGGUAUUUAUUUAUCCAUAGAAAAUUAUCUCAAAAAUUCUAUUACAUCAAUUCAUUUUCUAAAACUUAAAACAAAUUUAACACAUCAUGAUCGAAUGUUUUAUCUUCAUGAAACAUUAAAUUGUUUUAUGAAAUGGAUAAAAACUACAAAUAUAAAUUCUUAUAUUACACAACGUUUAUGUACUUAUCAUUUAUUAGAAAUUAUUCUAAGUCAUUUACAAUUACUUUAUUCACCAAAUUUAAAAUAUUCUCAAAUAGAAUUUUCAUC